AUGUCAGAAUCGAGGGGAUCCCCUGCGCCUGGCAAGUCUAAAAUCACCGAAGGGGAGGCAGAUCUUUACCUGGACCAAUACAACUUUACCACGACAGCGGCAAUUGUUGGAUCCGUUGACCGGAAAAUAUUUGUUUUGCUUCGUGAUGGUCGUAUGCUGUUUGGAAUACUGCGUACCUUCGACCAAUACGCCAACCUUAUUUUGCAGCAUUGCGUCGAAAGAAUAUACAUUACGGAGGAAAAUAAGUACGCGGAAAAUGAGUGCGGGGUAUUCAUGGUGCGCGGAGAGAAUGUAGUGAUGCUGGGCGAGGUAGACAUUGACAAAGAAGAUGAGCCACUUGUGCAGAUGGAACAAAUACCGUUCGAAGAGGCCUCGCAGAUGAAGCAGGAGCGCGACGACGCCAGAUACAAGUCUGAGAGCCAGAAGGGAAGGCAGAUGGCCAGGUACGGGCUCAUCCACGACUUCCACAAGUCAGACAUAUACUAG